AUGACAGCGGAUUCCGGAUCCCGCAACGGGGCUACCAGCGGCAAUGGCGAGUCGCAGAAGACAAAUGUGUACACCACUUCGAAUGGCUGUCCAGCGAGGAAUCCCGAGUCAUCCCUCCGUGCCUCUAACGCGCUGCCCCUCCGGGAUUUCCAACUCGUCGAUGUCCUGUCGCAUCUCAACCGGGAACGGAUUCCGGAACGCGUUGUUCACGCCAAGGGAGCCGGAGCUUAUGGAGAAUUCGAGACACCUUGCCUUGCCCGCUUCUCGACCACGGCCGGCGAGCGGGGAGCCGCCGAUGCCGUCCGUGAUGUUCGCGGCUUCUCCCUGAAAUGCUACACGGCCGAGGGCAACUGGGAUUGGGUCUGGAACGACGUCCCAGUCUUCUUCAUCCGCGACCCCAUCAAGAUUCCCGGGUCUCGUUCACGCCCAGAAUCCUGGCACAUGGCCAUGUGGCUGCACAGCGACUACGGCGCCUUCUCCACGUACCGCCACCUCAACAUGUACAUGGGACACGCGCACAAAUUCGUCAUGCCCGACGGCAGCUUCAAAUACAUCCACAUGUACCUCGAAGGCGACCUCGGCUACCAAACCCACGCCGACGAAGACAUCCCACACAUGGCGGGCAACGACCCGGACCACCUCGCGCGCGAUCUGCACGACGCCAUCGAGCGCGGUGACUUCCCCACGUACACGGCCAAAAUCCAAGUCAUCGACCCCAGCGAAGCCCACCGCUUCGGCUUCAACAUCCUCGACAUGACCAAGCACUGGGACACGGGCACCUACCCGGCCGACCUGGGCACGGUGCAGCCCCGCGCCUUCGGCAAGCUCACCCUCAACCGCAACCCGACCAACUACUUCGCCGAGGUCGAGCAGGCGGCCUUCUCGCCCUCCCACCUCGUCCCGGGCAUCGAGCCCUCCGAGGACCCCAUGCUGCAGGCGCGGUUUUUUGCUUAUCCCGAUGCGCAGCGGUAUAGGUUGGGAGUGAAUUACCAGCAGCUGGCGGUCAACCGACCGCGGAGCGGGGUGUUUAAUCCGUUGUUGAGGGACGGGGCGGGGGCGCCGUUGGGGGAGGGGAAUUAUGGGGCGCAUCCGGGGUUUUUGAUGGCGGAUAGGGAGCCGGUAAGGUUUGCGGCGGCUGUUGGGGGUGGUGGUGGCGUGGAGAGCCGGUCGACGCCGGAGCAUCAGCGGUGGUUGGAGGAGGUGAUGGCCACGCCGGCGGAGGAGCAGAGGGAGGUGGAUCUGAAGUUUGCGAGGACGUUUUGGACCCACUUGGAUGAUCCUCUGUAUCCGGGCUGGCAGGAUCGGAUGGUGAGGAGUCUUGGGAGGGAUUUGGCGAAUGUGAAGGGGGAGACGCGGGAGGAGGUGUUUGGGGUGCUGGGGAUUAUUGGUGAGGAUUUGGAGGCUAGGGUCAGGGAACACGUUGAUAAGGUGCUACGGGAUGUUAGAGUUGGUAAGGAGUGA